UGUAGUCAUGGUAGCGUCGUAGCGUCACAGAUUUACAUGUGUCACAUUAUGGCACGUGCUUGUCACGCGCCUACCGUCAUGAAACUUUUCACUUCAACUUCAACUCAAAUGAACAUAGACAGCUUCGACGACGAUCCCCAUCUUUCUAGAGCGAUUGCACUCAGUCUUCAAGAAUCCAGCCAGAACGCCAGUACAAAUUCGACAACAGAAGACGAGGAAGAAGGCGAGGAGUACCAAGAACAGCUUAGACGCGCUAUGGAAGCUUCCAAUUCAGAACAUCAACCACCUAUAUCUGUAACUCAAGAUCAAGUCACCCACUCCAGUGCCACGAAGUCAUUUCUCUCUGAACGGGUUCAGCUAGAGAAGGAUCGCUUGAAACGGAUACGAAAGGCGAAAGGUCUACCAGAGGAGUCGGACGAGGAACAACCGAGCAAAGGUGUUGAAGAAGAUGAAGACGAUGAGAUACAAAUUGUAGAGCCACCACGGAAGAGGCAACGUGUUUCCUCCCCUCCGAGAACUCAGGCCGACCAUAGCUCUUACAGUUCCUCGGGCCCCUCGAUUCUAAAGGGAAAGGAACCAAGCGGGGACGAUGGUCGCGAGCGAUUUUGGAAUGGGGAAUUGCGGCCAACGGCCACAGCUGGUGUGGAACCCAGGAAAGAUGGGAAACGGACUUUCAGGUUGACCGAUAUCCUAGGCGAGAAAACCACGAUAUCAUUCGCCAUAAUCUCCACCUUCGCACUGGAGCUUCCCUGGAUAUACCAGUUCUUCGAACGAAACGUACCGGUUAUCCUCGUGGCGCAACCGGAUAGUACUGGAAGAGCUGCGAUGCAUAACGCCCUACCAGAUUGGAUCAAGACAAUGCCUUAUCUCCCAGGUGGCUUUGGAUGCAUGCAUAUGAAGUUCAUGCUCAUAUUCUACAAGACUGGUCGCCUGCGUGUCGCGAUAACAACAGCCAAUCUCGUCCCGUUUGACUGGAGGGAUAUUGAAAACGCUGCGUGGGUCCAGGACUUUCAGCCACUCGCUUCUCCUUGCACAUUCGACAGCAACAACACCAGCAGCUUCCAGUACAUGAUGAAACGCGUGUUGGACAGCGUUAAUGUACGACCUGCGUUGGCAACCCUGCUGAAACAAGGGCAUCCGAACCUCCCGAUCAAAUCCACGGAAGAGAUCUGUAUGAAAUGGGAUUGGUCGAAGGUGAGAGUACACCUUGUCCCUUCAAUAGCUGGGAAGCAUGAGGGGUGGCCGAGUGUUAUCAUGACUGGCCAUACACGACUCAUGAGAGUUGUCUUGGACCUUGGUCUCCGGACGGGCGUAGGGAUGAAGGCGAAAGACCUACAGAUUGAAUACCAGGGUUCAAGCAUUGGAACCUACAGUACUCAAUGGGUGAACGAAUGGUUCUGGUCCGCAAGAGGCGAGUCUGCUGAAGCAUGGCUUGAUGAGUCCAGGCGAAAACGGGAAAAAUUACCGUUCCCUAGUGGGAUGCAGAUCUUGUUUCCGAGUAAGGCGACAGUAGCUUCCAGUCAGUAUGGGGAGAGGGUUAGUUGUCUAUCUUGGAAAUGUCCGUUUGUUUAACUACUAGACUCGAUUUUACAGGGUGGCGGAACGAACUUCUGUACGCGGACACAGUGGCAAGGUGCCAAGUUUCCUAGACACCUGUUCCGUGAUUCGAAGAGUAAAGCUGGUCCGACUCUAAUGCAUACAAAAGUACGCCUCCCCCCCUCCAAUGUUCUUCACCGACGUUAGAUCAUCCCGCAGACCAUCGUCGCGACAUUCGCCGAUAAGUGUAAAAGCGGUUCAAACAGGGCGAGGAACGUUGAGAUCAUUGAUGUAUCGGAUGACUCCACCACGGAAGAUGAAACCGAUGGUGAGAUACAAAUCAUCGAAACCGCGAUUGGCUGGGCAUACAUGGGAUCACACAACUUUACACCAUCGGCUUGGGGAACCCUUUCGGGGUCGGGGUUUAACCCAGUUUUGAAUAUCCGAAAUUAUGAGUUAGGAAUAGUCUUUCCGCUCAAGUCAAAAGAAGAUGUCCAGAGGGCGGUGUGUUGGGAACGGCCGCCGCCGAAAUAUGUGGGCAAGGAACCAUGGAUUCAAGGGGAAUCCGAGUAUUUCCGGAAACGCUGAGAGGUUGAAAUCUCAGUAUAUCACUUUGUUGUAUACCUCGCCUUCCGGUUUAUCUAUAGUCUAUCCCGGAUACCUUAGGCUCAAUGAUAUGAUUGUCCACCUCCGACAAACCUGCGUUCAGUAUUAAGUGCAAUUCCUUGUAACUGAGACGAGGACGUUGUUAUCAAC